UGUAGAUGUUGCAUGCUAAAAUGUGAAUAGGAAGGAAGAGAUGCGUUGAUAUCACAGUCACAUGCUUCCUGUAUAUAACCCUCACUUUGACUGCCAGUCCAUUCUGUCCUCUUCAGCCUUUACUUUGUUAAAUGACUGCUGUCAGCUUUGAUUGAACUGAGGGACUGCAGCAGCCAUGUUGUUGGCAGAGGCUGGAUGUGUGUUUAUGGGUUUCAUCCUGUUCAUCUCAGAGGUUCGGGGACAAGGAAAGAGUAUCUGUGCUCUAAAAGGUACAUCAGUGGAUCUGUCCUGCUCAGCUGAGAAUGAAACAUCUCACAGGAAAUGGUACAGUGUGCACUGGGACGGCCACAAGUAUGUCCUGAAUGAGACCUUUGCAGAUGGACAUGUAACCUACAAUAUGUCGGAACAGAAUAACACUCUAAGUAUCAAAGAUCUGAGAGACAGUGAUGCAAAGUUUUACUGCUGCAGAGAGAAUACUGAGAACCCUUACCUCUGCUACCUCCACGGAACUGAGCUCCAUGUUACAGACCUGCAGGUAAAGGUGAUUCCCACCACAGAGGAACAGACAGUAUCACUGAUGUGUAGCACCAGCUGUCCUCUGACUGAAAACCCUGCAGCCUACAUCUGGUAUAAGAACAGAGAGUUUCUCUAUCAGGACUGGUCUCCCUGGUACCAACAGCUGGUCAGCAGUGAGGAAGCAGUCACAUACUCCUGUGCUAUCAAAGGCUACGAGCAUCUCAGAGCCCCUGAAGUCUCAGUGGAUUCUGUCACAUCGACCUGCUUUAGUGUGACCUAUGCUAAAGGCAGAAUGUGUUCUUAUCAGGAGAAAUCAGAGGAUGAGCCCUGCUCCAUCACAUAUCCCACAGAAGUACAUGCCCUAAAGACUGUGGAGCAUAACAUCAUAAUAACCUGUAACAGCAGCUGUCCUGAGGCUGACUCUCACACCACCUAUAGCUGGUAUUACAACAAACAUUUAUACAGUGACUGUGAGAGUCAACUCAUUACAUUUACAUUUUACAAGUCUUAUGGCACUGUUUCUUGUGCUGUAAAAGGCCAUGAAGAUCUGCACUCUGAUGUUGUCUGCAGUCAUGAUAGGAAGUGUUGGAUGGAUAAAUAUGUCAACAGGAGAAUCUGUGCACUGGAAGGUUUUUCGGUGAACAUUUCAAGUGAAUACUUUCACAGUUCCAACGAAACCGGUGAGAAAUUCUGGUUUAAAAAAAAGAGACCUGGUGACGACGAUCCUGAAACUUUGACCAAGAAUAGUCGUGUGGAGUACCAUGACAACAUGAAAAACCACCACAUGUUGAGAAUCAAUAACUUGCAGAAGGAUGACUCAGCAGAAUACAUAUUUACAAACAGCUUCCAAUGGAGUCUUUGGAAUUUUGAUUUACCUGGAGUGAUUUUAGUUGUCACAGGCCUGAAGGUGAGGAUGACUCCCUCUGCAGAGGUGACAGAGGGUCAGAGAGUCACACUGACCUGCAGUACCAGCUGUCCUCUGACUGAUGACACCAACUACCUUUGGUACCUAAACAGUCGACCUCUGACCCUGCCAGAGAACCAAACCAAACACCUGGUUCUGGACCCAGUCAGCAGUCAGCAUGCAGGAAAAUACUCCUGUGCUGUUAAAAGCCACAGCAUCAGCUCAUCUGAAAAGACUCUCACAGUCACAUCUUGGAGGAAAUCAGUAGCGAUAAUGAAUUCGGUAAAGCUGAUUCUUUUGUUACUGAUCCUGUCUGCUGCAUGUCUCCUCUACCAGUGUAUAAGGAAGAAGAAAAGUGUGACUUCCACCGCUGAACAAAGUGGCAGAGUACAAACUGGACAGGACUUGCCGUGUGAGAGCAUCCUGUUCAAGGCCAUUAAUCCUGCAGCACCGAGGGAACCAGCAGAGCAGCAGGAAGACAUUGAAUAAUCACGUCAGUUCGGAUUUUAGACAUGAAUGCAAGUCACUUUGGCUGUCAUGUUCAGAGUGAUUCAAGUUAACAAGGAAUUAUCUGAUCACUGCAAAGAGAGUGUGCUAAACCCGUGCACCAAAUCUAGAGGUCAAAAAAUGUGUGGCCGCAUUCAUCCUUUUCCUCUGUGAUAUCUACUUCCUGCCUCAGCAACCACUGGGGGUUGAGACGCAAGUUGCUUAUCUGUGGUUUAUUCACACAUCCGUUCAUGAAGGCCCACUGCUUAAAUUCAGCUUUCUUAGAUGCUCUUGUUAAUUUCCUGUGAAACAAGAGGUGAAAUGACAUGUAUUGCUCACACCAUCAGAAAGCAGAUCUACUCAGUUUUGCAAGUUUCAGGUUAUGAUUAAAUAUUUUUCUUGUUAUUUCUUAUCUUAUUCUUAUAUGUUUUAAUGACACAUGUAUCUGGUUAUUACUUGAUAUUCUUAUUUGUUUGUUAAUAAUGUCUGAUAUAAUUACAGUUAAAAAAAAAUAUUUGUAUAUACUUUGGAUAACUUUGUACAAGCCUCUUUACUACACUUAUAGACUAAAAAUGGGAGAAUAAUAAAAGCAAAGGUCGCAUUUA